AUGGACAGCUGCACAGACCCUGUCACUGACAGACACAGACCCAGACCCAGCUCUUCAACCCCUGUACAGACCCAGACCCAGCCCUUCAACCCCUGUACAGACCCAGCUCUUCAACCCCUGUACAGACCCAGACCCAGAGCCAGACCCAGCUCGUCAACCCCUGUACAGACCCAGCUCUUCAACCCCUGUACAGCCCCAGACCCAGACCCAGCUCUUCAACCCCUGUACAGACCCAGACCCAGACCCAGAGCCAGACCCAGCUCUUCAACCCCAUUACAGACCCAGACCCAUACCCAGCUCUUCAACCCCUGUACAGACCCAGACACAGCUCUUCAACCCCUGUACAGACCCAGACCCAGAGCCAGACCCAGCUCUUCAACCCCUGUACAGACCCAGACCCAGACCCAGCUCUUCAACCCCUGUACAGAACCAGACCCAGACCCAGCUCUUCAACCCCUGUACAGAACCAGAGCCAGACCCAGCUCUUCAACCCCAUUACAGACCCAGAGCCAGACCCAGCUCUUCAACCCCAUUACAGACCCAGCUCUUCAACCCCAUUACAGACCCAGACCCAGCUCUUCAACCCCUGUACAGACCCAGACCCAGCUCUUCAACCCCUGUACAGACCCAGACCCAGAGCCAGACCCAGCUCUUCAACCCCUGUACAGACCCAGACCCAGCUCUUCAACCCCUGUACAGACCCAGACCCAGCUCUUCAACCCCAUUACAGACCCAGACCCAGCUCUUCAACCCCUGUACAGACCCAAACCCAAACCCAGACCCAGCUCUUCAACCCCUGCACAGAUACAGACCCAGACCCAGCUCUUCAACCCCUGUAGAGACCCAGACCCAGCUCUUCAACCCCUGUACAGACCCAGACCCAGAACCAGAACCAGACCCAGCUCUUCAACCCCUGUACUGACCCAGACCCAGACCCAGCUCUUCAAACCCUGUACAGACCCAGACCCAGAACCAGAACCAGACCCAGACCCAGCUCUUCAACCCCUGUACUGA